ACACGCCCCCAAAAGUCCAAAACACAGUCCGCUCCGCUACACACCCCACCACGUCCCCCUGCCCUCUUCAGUCUUCGCCAACUCCUCCUCCCUCCUCUGCUCUGUUUCGGCCGUCCUCUCCUCUCUCUCUCUCUCUAGCCACCCCCCGUCUCUCUGCACGGGAAGCGCCUUGCCCUCCUGCCGGUGUGUGUGCACCUCAUCUCUUGCACGAGGAACCAGCUGACUCCCGAGGCGAGCAUUUCUUUUUCGCCCCUCUCUUCUGUUUUGUCCGUCUCAGGUUUUGAGCCAGCACAGCGAUGGCGCUGUGCUUGCCAUGGUUGCAAAUACUAGUGGUACAAUAAAGUUCUUCACUGCCGCCCUGCCUCACGAGUGCAGAAAUAAAUGGUGGCUCUGUGUCUGUGCUGCCUACCUAGCGAUUUCCUCUUGUCCUUUCUCUCCCCUUGCUCUGAGAAAUCUGGCCACCGGGUUGUAUUUUUGUUUCUCGAGCUGUUCCUGCUUGUUGCAACCUCCUUGGCCUUUUGGCCCUUGUUGUUCUCUGCCUGUUUGGCUACUGUGUCCGGAUACGGCUUUGGCAGGUCGCCUCCUCCUACUCCCACUGACUUUACCCGCUUGGCGCUGCGGUGUCAGAGAGAAGAGAAACCUCAGCAGCAUCAAAUGCUCCUGAGCCAUACCAUUUCGGUCGUAUAAAUCCACAAGAAAGAGAAAGAGAGAAACGGGAAGCAACAUUGAAGCUUUUGUUGAUUGUUAAGUAGUGCUUCAGCUUGUGUGUCAAGAAGAAGAACAAGAAGCAGAGCUGGCGUGGCUGAUGGUCCAGGACGAAGGCUCGUCGUCGUCGGUCACAUCAUCGCCGCUGCAGAACUUCUCCAACAUGCCGCUUCACCCGGCCGCCGCCGCCGCGUCCCCGACGCCGCCCUGGCUGCUCCGGGAGUUACGCUCCGACGAGCGCGGACUCUACCUCAUCCACCUCCUCCUCAACUGCGCCGCCGCGGCGUCGGCGGGGCGGCUCGACGCCGCCAACGCCGCGCUGGAGCACAUCGCCUCGCUCGCAGCGCCCGACGGCGACGCCAUGCAGCGCGUGGCGGCCGCCUUCGCUGAGGCGCUGGCCAGGCGCGCGCUCCGGGCGUGGCCGGGCCUGUGCCGGGCGCUGCUCCUGCCCCGCGCGGCGCCCACACCGGCGGAGUUUGCCGCCGCGCGGCGGCACUUCCUCGAGCUAUGCCCUUUCCUCCGCCUCGCCGGCGCCGCCGCCAACCAGUCCAUCCUGGAAGCCAUGGAGUCCGAGAGGAUCGUUCACGUCAUCGACCUCGGCGGCGCGGACGCCACCCAAUGGCUGGAGCUCCUCCACCUCCUCGCCGCGCGCCCUGAGGGUCCGCCCCACCUCCGCCUCACUGCCGUCCACGAGCACAAGGACGUCCUCACCCAGACGGCCAUGGUCCUCACGAAAGAGGCCGAGCGCCUGGACGUCCCCUUCCAGUUCAACCCCGUGGUCUCCCGCCUGGACGCGCUCGACGUCGAGUCCCUCCGCGUGAAGACCGGCGAGGCGCUGGCCAUCACCUCCAGUCUCCAGCUGCACUGCCUCCUCGCCUCCGACGACGACUCCGGCGAGGCCGCCGUCGGCGGCAAGGACAAGGACAGGCGCAGCCCGGAGUCCGGUCUGUCCCUGUCGACGUCCCGCGCGGACGCGUUCCUUGGCGCGCUGUGGGGGCUGUCGCCGAAAGUGAUGGUGGUGACGGAGCAGGAGGCGAGUCACAACGCGCCGGCGCUGACGGAGCGGUUUGUGGAGGCGCUCAACUACUACGCGGCGCUAUUCGACUGCCUGGAGGUGGUCGCGGCGCGCGGGUCGGUGGAGCGCGCGCGGGUGGAGCGGUGGAUGCUCGGGGAGGAGAUCAAGAACAUCGUGGCGUGCGACGGAGCGGAGCGGCGCGAGCGGCACGAGCGGCUGGAGCGGUGGGCGCGGCGGUUGGAGGGUGCCGGCUUCGUGCGCGUGCCGCUCAGCUACUACGCGCUGCUGCAGGCGCGGCGGGUGGCGCAGGGCCUCGGCUGCGACGGCUUCAAGUUGCGUGAGGAGAAGGGCUCCUUCUUCCUGUGCUGGCAAGACCGCGCUCUCGUCUCCGUCUCCGCCUGGCGCGGCCGCCGCUUCGACUGACCCGAUCGACAGACGGCGGCGGUGGCGUCCUGUUGCCUUUCCGUAUUUGUGCGAAGGAGACGUAAAUUUGCUCAGGUUGCGUCAGGCGUUGGUCACGUCCACCUCGCAUCGCAUCGCAUCGCAUUGGCUUCUUACAUUUUUCUUUUUGUCACUACGUCUUUAGUUCCAUGUUUUUAGGGUGGUGUCGUGUUAGAUUUCAGGCCAGGUGAAGUCGAUGUGCUGUGUUUGUUCAUAGUGUAUCUUUUUCUGUUUCGGCUGAAAUUCGUAGACUUUCGUAGGAAUGAACUACUAAUGAAAUGAAGGGAUAUCUCCUUUUUAUCUA